AAAUGCUCUUUUGCAAGUUCGUCGUGCUGCCGUUGCUCACUGAGCAUCUUCUCUCCAAGAAAGCACCACUGGAAUGCACAACGCAAGAGAGCCAGCGAGAGAUAGUGCCGCGCACACGAGCUGCCGAGCGUCUGUCGUGUGCCUUGGCAUUACUGGCGACAACGCCAUGGAGGAAGACACAGUUUUCCUAACUCAUCAGACAAGGCUUUGACUUUCGUUCGUACGGCGGACGUCCUUGUCCUGCGUCGUGUGUGCCGUGAGUGGACGCGUUGACGCUGUCAGCAAAGAAAAGUUUCCAUUUCAGGCAGUUUUUAAAUCAAAUAUUUGCUAAAAAUUUUAAACAGAAAAUGUUGCAAAACUCAAGAAAUUUGAGUGCGGAAUUGAAAAUUGAAUUUGUUACAAAGUUUUUGUCACUCUCCGAUGGCACAUUUCGAGCAAAUCGAACAUCGAACUCCACUUCCCGCAAAGUGAGAGAAAACCUACAUUAACAUUACAAAAAAAAAAAAUCACCUGAAAAAUGCUUCAAAAAUGUUCGACAGGGAGCUUUUCGUGUUAAUGAAAUAUUGAUAAAACUGUUUUUUGAAGAACUAAGAUUUUUUAGGUAAAAUACUGAAUGCUUUCAAAAAGAAUUAAUAAGUUUUCGUAAUAACAAUUUAGACUUUAAACUGAACAUGGAACCAAACAUAUAAAUGUAAAAGGGAAAAAUUUCACAUAAUAAAAAAUAAAAGUUUCAUCCACAAGAAGUGCGCGCGUAAAUAAAAAUAAUAGAGUGAUGAAACGAGCAGGACGCCUGUGGAAAUAUUCGCAAAACACAUGUGGUGAAAGUGAAAUGUGUAGCUGGCGAGUGAGCCUCGAGUAGGCCACUCAGCAAAGCCACGCAUUUCCGGCGUGCUCAUCGGCGCAUAACGGUAAAUGUUAGCGCAACAAGACAUAAAUUCACAAAAUUGUUAAUAACAACUAAAAGCAACAACACUAAUUAAAUAAAAUUAAACCUGCAUAAACAAGAGAGCAGAGAAGAAGACGAGGAAGAAGGUGAAGCAGUGUAACGUGUUGCAAGGGCACAGCAGACAACAAACACAACAACAAUCAACAAAAUAAACAGCAAUAAAAGCAGAAGACGCGAGCUUGAAGCAUUAAAAUUAUCGCAAAAUUAAAAGCAAACAAAUUAAUUAAAUACCGACAGUGAGGGCAGCAGUUGAUGGUGUGAAAGUAAAAGGCCUCGGAAAUCCAUUUCGCUUUUCUACGCACGAACCCGUACGAAAGUACGAAAAAUAACCAACCAAAGACAAAAAAAAAAAAAAAACGAAAAGAAGAAUAAAUAGUAAGAUCUCACGACCGUGUACAUGCACUUCAAAGAAAGUUCUGCAUUAAAUAUCUUGACACGUACAGCGACACGCGUAUCCACAGUUGUCGCGAAACGAGACCUGCAAGUCGAGUUGACUUAAGUUGAGUUGAGUUUAGUUGGGCUGUGAGCAGCAUAAGUUCGAAGCGCCGUGCAACGGACAGUGCUUGUGACCCUUUUCAUAUUGUUGUGAGUUGUACGUGCGUGCUCCUCUUUGUUUUUGCCUUGCGUUGAUUGCGGCGUGGGCGUUUCGUCACACGUGCACCUGCCACUGCGAACAUAUUCCGGCCACAUCGUCGCUGUGUGUACAUCGCGCAUUCCAGCUGAGUCGGAGUGCAUUAAACAUUCAGCAGCCGCUCUGAUCGCCACACCACCAUUCAACAACAACAGCAACAAAACCAUUUCUUGCUUUUACCCACCAACCUACAACUGCAGGACCACGCAGAACCAGGAACUUACCAACAAUAACUGACAACAUCAACUCACCAGUGGGACAGUAGCGCUCCAUUGGCGUGUCGGCUAACGGCGACUGCUGCAUUUUCUGGUAGUCAGCGCUAGCACGUUUGCUCAUUUGUUUGUCGCGUGCCUCGAGUCUCGGGCUUUGCCAUUGAUGUCAUUGUGAUGACGCAAUGGAUUGCAGCCUUAAGUGGGCGCUUUUCAUUACAAAACCGACAACAUUCGUACCCACAUUGGAGGCUGCAAAUAAAAGCGCAGCAAAAAUCAAAAAGAUCGAAACGGCAACAGCAACAGUGGCUUCUUCGGCUGCAAUUGCAAUUGAGAAAACACCAACGCAAACACCAAAAUCAGCACCAACCACUCAAAUACGAGAAAGGCCCAGAAUUGGCACCAACAAAGGGGAAUCCCAUUGCCCUUGGCACCUUUCGGAUAUAUCGAGCAUAAAUAAAUUUGAGGCCGCCAAAGGCAAAGCCAUAACUCGUCGGACGAAAUUCGCAGGUAGAGUCGCAAGCGUCACGGUGUGGGGAAGGCGUCGCUGCCACGAAUGCGCCAACCCAGUCGGUAUAAGCUUGCUGCAAAGGGACAGGCGUAUUUAACGUAACCUCUCUGUUGCCAACAGCGACGGCCAAACGCUGUCGAAAGCAAGGAGAGGUGAAAUAGAAAGUAAGAAAUAACAAUAACCGAAAACGGGUACAACGACAACUGCUGUUUUAGAAGAAAAAUAAUUUACGUGAAAAAGGAGUAAAACGAAAACCAAAGAAAAUGAAACACUCAAAUAUUUUUAUACACAAAGACAUGAUGGAGUUCGGCUAAGGACAUUUUGAGAUACCAAAGGUCAAAAUCCAAAGCCAAACAAAAACCUAAAAUUAGAUAAGAGAAACAGAAAUUAAAUAAAGCAAAGCAUCACCAAUCUAAACUAUACUACUAUCUCGGACGAACUCAAUUUAAUCUCUGCCAGGAAUUGAUUCGUCGCUUCACCGCAUCUCGUCUUGACUUAAUUCAAACCAACCAAAUCAAUUUGACUUUAAUUGGGGAGCUGCAAGGCUGCGAGUGGAUAACAACUAGCUGGCCUCAGCUGCUUCAGUUGUUGACGAGUUUAGUAUUACCACCACCACCCAAUACUAAUUCCAGUUGUAGUCUCACCUAGGCAGCGACCACACACUUCAGCAUUUUAGCAUUUUGAAGACCAAAAAAAAGUCCAUUCGCAGCAACUAUUUGGGUGCGAAUUGUGCCAAUUUAGGCGAAAUAAUUCGUUUGUGCUGUGGCCAUGGAGCCUCCUGGCGGCAUACCGCCAGACCGAGACAGACAACUAGUGCUGCGCCCCCAGCUGUCGCAGUCGCAGCAACAUCAACAACUGGUACCAUUAGUGUCACAAGUUAAGCCAAAAUUAGCACUGAACCUAUAUGAAAAGGAGCAACCUUCGACCUCAAACAUCGCCAUAUCGCCGGCUAUCCCAGAAGCCACCUCAGCGGAGAAUGCUGCUCCCACUUCGUCCUCAGUAGCGUCGAUAAAUACCACAAAUGCACUCGUCCUUGUGUCCACGGGGAAGGUUGUUAGUGUUAUCGCUGCAGGGACCGGCAGUAGUAACACCACCACCAGCACUAGCCCCGCAAUGGCAACGGCAGCAGUGGCGAUAUCGGGCACAACGCAAGCGGCCACUGCGUUCAGCGGCAGUGCAGUGGGUGUGCAGCUCACACCACACCAUCACCAUCCGACGCACCAUCAUCAUCCGCCACAUCCCAACCAUCCGCCACACCACCAGUCACAGCCUUACAGCGCUGCGCACAAUUCAUCGUCGACCUCGUCUCUGUUAGGCGGUAUCUCGAGUGGUGGCAGCAGUAGUUCCGUUGGUGGGCAUCAACAGACCAUUGAGAAGUUGGCCCGGCCGAUGGCGUUCGAUAAGAUGGAAACGCUGAUGCGCACUAUGCAGAACGAUGAGAAGCCCGUACCGGUGCGCGUGCAGAAGUCCAUAUUUAGCAACAUACCAUCAGUAUUUAUGGGUUAUGAUCUUAUCGAAUGGAUGAUGGACCGUUUGGCCAUCGAAGAAUCUGAGGCGCUGAGCAUUGCCAAUCAACUUUGCCUGCACGGCUACUUCUUUCCCGUCAAUGAGACCAAAACGCUCGCUGUGAAAGAUGAUUCCUCGUUGUACCGCUUCCAGACACCCUACUAUUGGCCCUGGCAGCACAAGGCCCCCGACAACGUUGAGUACGCAAUUUAUUUGGCCAAACGCUCGCUGCGAAAUAAACAGCGGCACGCUUUGGAGGAUUACGAAACUGAGGCAUUGGCGUCACUGCACAAGAGCCUCAAAGGUAAGUGGGAUUUUAUUUCGAUGCAGGCAGAAGAGCAGGUGCGUCUGGCGAAGGAGCGGAAGAGGGAUGAUAAAAUUGUCGUUGACUCACAGGAGCGGGCCUACUGGCGUGUACACCGUCCACCACCCGGCCAAUUUACACCAUUGGAACCAUGCCCCAUUCCGUCGCGUGAUCGGCAAGGUUUUAAGCCGAACAAGAAGAAGACCGUGGAGGAUGUGCAACGUGAGGUCGACUAUUUGCGCAAAUCGCUCAAUCGCACACGCAUGAAAAUGUCACAAGCGUGUGAGUCACUGGUUGCCUAUUCCGAGACAUUCGCGGAGUACGACUUCUUCCUACAACCAGUACUGCCGUCGAACCCAUGGGUUACGGAGGACAUUACAUUUUGGCAACUGAAUAACAGAUUCGUAGAUACGCCAACCGAGAAGCGAGUCAAACGUUGGGCAAUUUCCAUCGAAGAACUAGUAUCCGAUCCAACCGGUCUGCAAGAGUUUACCAGCUUCUUGGAGAAAGAGUACUCACAUGAAAACAUACGUUUCUGGAUAGCUGUGAAUCGAUUGCGGCGCUCAGCGCACUCUCAAGUGCCACGCAAGGUGAAGGAGAUUUACGAAGAAUUUCUGAAACCAGGCGCACCAUGCGAGAUCAACAUUGACGGCAAAACUAUGGAGAGUGUACUGAAGGGUCUCAAGAAUCCAUCUCGUUUCACAUUCGAUUCCGCUUCAGAACACAUCUAUACGUUGCUACUAAAGAAGGACUGCUAUCCACGUUUCAUUCGUUCCGAGCAUUACAAACGUCUGCUCGAAGCAGGUGUGCCACCCUCGCACAAGAAACGUUUCUUCAAUUUCGGCGGCGUCGGAGGCGCAAGGAAAAAGAUGACGGCGGCUCUAUCUAGUCAACCGAAUCUAGGCGACGGCACUGGCACGAAAAAUAUCGGCGGUGCAAUGCAAGCACCACCACCUGGAAGUCUGGCACGUCGGCGGGGCAGCGAUCGUAGCCUCACCGGCUCCGCACACGAACUGGCUGUGAUUGGUGUGAAUAAGGAUAUAACCUCAAAGGUUCCGCACUCGCAUUCGCAAAGCAACCUCAGCGAGAUACCGUACAGUAGUGAAUCGAUUUACAGAGGAGAUAUGCCGCAGCUCCAGGUCAAGGAGGCCACAAUUCAAGUCGCACCAAUCGGAGCACGCCCACUCUCAGAGACGUCCAAGCCUAAAGCUGCUCGACUGGAGACCACAGUUGAAUCGUCCAGUAGUGCAGUGUGCCCUUGGGAUAUACCCGAUGAGCCGCCAGAGACACAAGCUCCUUCGCCGCAUCAAAAAUCGCAGGUGAAAUUAUCCAUAUGUCCUUGGGAACAGGAAAGUGAACCUACACCCUUGGCUGUUAGUGUUAUAAAACCGGGCACACAUCGGCUCACUAGCACAUCUUCGGAUAUAACCGACGUCUCUGAACGUAGUCAACGAAAUUUGGGAAUACGCCAUCAGAAUACCGUAGAUAGUGGCGAGGCGAGUAAGCGGCUUGUGCCGAACUUUGGCGAACAGCGUCGCGCUUCUAUGUCCUUCACACAAUCUCGUCUAACGGAAUACCAGUUUGGACAGACCUCAGUCUCAGCGAAGACCUCUUCUAGUCCAUCGCCCACUGUGGGCAGCCAAAGUGUCGUAGAUACCACAUUACCAGCUCCUUCUCCGCCACCGCUCUUCAGCCAGAGUAUUGUCACGAUAGCCGCAGUGACUGGGGUUAGUAGCUCUUCCGGCAUUAUCUUAAAGGAUCCACCCUCCAUGUCCGAAGCCGAGAUCGAAGAGGAGCUCCAUAAGUUGGCUAUAUCCCAACGUAAUAGUGAGUCCUCUGCUUCGGAUAUGUCUGCACUACUACCACCGACUCCGACACCACCACCCAUUACGAAAGUCACGCCACCACCGCCUGAAGACAAUGUCAGCCUCUAUAAUCCGCCGAUGGAGGUUGUGUCAUGCGAGAGCUCUCAAAGUGAUCUGGUGUGCGGCGCUGAGCGAAGUGGGGGUAGUGGCAACAGUGAUAACGGUAGUAUUAUUAUAUCCGAGACUGAAGUGGAGGUGCCCGUGCAAGAGGUGCAAAUCGAGUUGAUUGAAUUGCAAGAGGAGAAAACUCGAAAUCUUUCCACACCAACUAUACAAGUUGAAGAGGACGAUUCAUCGGCAGAUCAUGCUGAAGUUGAUAUCGCAGAGCUCGAGCAGCAAGCAACACCCACGACGAGUCGUGGAAACUCCGCGCCAGAAACGCCCGAAAGAGAGGAACAGCAAUUUUUGCCACCAAAUAACAAGUUGGACCUACAGUUAAAAACACAAUUGCACACUUCAAAAUCUUUGAGCACAAUAUCCGUUGCCAUCACAACAAUACCGCCACCACCACCACCUAUUGGACCGAUGGAGGAGGAAGAACAACUGCGAGAGGAAGAAGAAAUUGCAGCUGCGCAAGAAACACAAGAAGAACUCUCUCCCACCACGGAUGAAUACCAAGAAGGCCUGCAGUUCGAUGCCGACAGCAAAGAGGACUACGAGUAUGACAUUAUAGACACAGACACUCAAGCCGGCUACAUACCGCCAGCGCCUACACCAGCGCCGUCUAUGGCACCUCUUGCCGAAAUGGAUAUUGAUACCGUAGAUGAUGAGCCAUGCGAGGAGGAGUUAGGUACAAUGCUUCAAUGCACUGAUAUUGCCACGACACCAACACCAACACCAACAGCAGCAGCAGAAACUGUGGUCAGUAUGUAUGAAACGGAGCCGGCAAUCAUUGAAAAUGUCAUUCCGGUCGUGACGGAAGAGGUGAAAAAGCGUCGUAAGAAACGCACUGCGGAUGGCAAAAAGAUACUCUCCAUUGAAGAGAAAGAACAGAAGGCAAGCACAUCGGCUAGCGGCAAUGCUGAGGUCGUGAGCAGCACGAUGACGGAUGCCGAUCGCAAUGCGGUGUGCCCGUGGGAAGACGAAAACGUCACGACAGCUGACGGCACCUUCGUGAAAACGUACGCGACACUCGGGUACUUAUGAAUAAAGCAGAAUCUUUUCAAAACUAUGGUCAACAAAAUAUUAAAGAAGAAGAAAAAUCAAAAGAAAUGACAUUUUUUGCAUACCACGUACUCAACCAUGCACAUAUACAUUCAUUAGAGUGAGGCCUCCAGAAAAAAACCUAAUCCCACUCCUAAUUAGUACUCAUAUUUGCAUUCCCACCAAUUAUAGUCGCUCCCAAACUCAUACUCACUCCCAACAUAGACGCUCAUCGUUAUACCCACACUCAUAUCCACACUCAUACCUACACUCAUACCUACACUCCAAUUCACUUUCCUAAGAAUGUCCUAUGAAGUCACUCCUAUGAAAUAAUUAAAAAUAUUAAUUACCUUUACACAUAUAUGCGUAAGUACAUACGUAAAUAGAAACUAUGAAG